UUCUCCCGGUCCCCUCUUGCUCUUUCGGACAUUGCACUAAAAGAGCUGCACUCUGGAAAACCACAUCUUGUUUGGAGAAGAGGCCGGUUUGGAACCUUAGGGUACAAAUUCUCCUUUUCAAGCGCCUAGGAUAGAUUCGAUUAAUGAGCCCGGAGUACCCUGUUCCUGCUGACACUGCCGUUUUUCACUUCCCUGCCUUCCCACACUUCCAAAAUCAUUAAGCAGGGAGUUCUCGGAGAUUUAUGAGUCUACUUUGAGCUAGAGGUGAGUUUGACGCCGGGGUUGGAGCAUGGCUGUAUCCCUGGACCCUCUGAUCGACGCUCCGCUGGAGCGGGAGGAAUGCUUAAUAAUGAAGAUGGAAAAGGACCCCGAGUGGGCAGCGGAACCCACUCUGGAAGGAUCGGAGAGCUCUGAGUCCGAGACCUUUCGCAAAUGCUUCAGGCAUUUCUGUUACGAGGAUGUGACUGGACCCCAUGAAGCUUUCAGUAAACUCUGGGAACUUUGCUGCCGGUGGCUGAAGCCAGAAAUGCGUUCCAAGGAGCAGAUCCUUGAACUGCUGGUGAUUGAACAGUUUCUCACCAUUUUACCGAAGAAGAUUCAGGCGUGGGCACGGAAGCAGUGUCCGGAAAGUGGAGAGGAGGCGGUGGCCCUGGUAAUACAUUUGGAGAAAGAGACUGGACGACUAAGACAGCAGGUUAGCAGUCCUGUGCACUCAGAGAAGCAGGUCCCACUGGGAGCAGCAUGGGAGGUAACGGACUUUCAGCCAGAGCAGGUGGAGACUCAACCCAGGGUGGUGUCUUUGGAGGAAGCUGGAAGCCUCCACUCAGGACAUGAGGAGCAGCUGAACCGAAAGAGAGAGCAUCGGCCCUUACCCAAGAUUGCUCGGCCUUCUCCCUGGGUUCCUGCCCCUGCUAAUGAAUGGAACAGCGUGAAUCAGGAAAUAACCACCACACGACUACCUAUUGUGUCUCAGGGACCAGUGAAAGAUGUCCACAUGGCGAGAGGUUUUUCCUACAAAAAGAGCGUACAUCAGAUUCCCGCUCACAGAGACCUGUACCGGGAUAUUAGGAAAGAGAGUGUUGGGAACAUGGUCUCCCUGGGAAGUACUGUGUCUGUGUCUAACAAGAUUGCCCGGUUGGAGCAAAGAAAGGAGCCAUGGACCUUAGGUUUACACUCUUCUAACAAAAGGAAUAUUAUUCUACGAAGCAACCACGUCAAGGAGAAGCCGGUUGGUGCCACUCAGAUCCCGGCGCGCAGUGUGGGGAGAAUGUGGGGUGAGCAGCAGCACUGGGGUUUAGAAGAUGAAAAGAUAGCAGGCGUGCAUUGGAGCUAUGAGGAAACGAAGACUUUCCUCGCCAUUCUCAAGGAGUCUCGCUUUUAUGAGACGCUGCAGGCUUGUCCCCGAAACAGCCAGGUGUACGGGGCUGUGGCCGAGUGGCUGCGCGAGUGUGGCUUCCUCCGAACGCCAGAACAGUGUCGGACCAAGUUCAAAAGCCUCCAGAAGAGCUAUCGGAAGGUGAGAAAUGGCCACAUGCUGGAACCCUGUGCCUUCUUUGAGGACAUGGACGCUCUGUUGAACCCUGCAGCCCAUGCUUCAUCUGCUGAUAAGCCAAAGGAAAUUCUCUCUCUCCCCAGACUAAAGAGAGUUGAUAUCAGUGCUAAAGAACAGAUCAGUUUGGUGGAGGAAGAAGACGCCGCAGAAGAAUCUGAUGGUGAUGAAAUGGGCAUUGAAUUUAUCCAGAAGUCUGAGAUUCGUGGUGCCCCUGUCUUGUUUCAGAACCUGAGUGGUGUGCACUGGGGGUACGAGGAAACCAAGACUUUUCUUGAUAUCCUCCGUGAGACUCGGUUUUACGAAGCUCUCCAAGCCUGUCAUCGGAAGAGCAAGCUGUAUGGGGCCGUGGCGGAACAACUUCGGGAGUGUGGCUUCCUCCGGACACCGGAACAGUGCCGGACCAAGUUCAAAAGCCUCCAGAAGAGCUACCGCAAAGUGAAAAACGGUCACGUGCUGGAAUCGUGUGCGUUCUACAAGGAGAUGGAUGCCCUGAUAAACGCUCGGGCCUCCACUCCUUCCACCAACACUCCAGAAGUCCCAUCACCUUCAGGGCAAGAAGGAGAGGAUGUUGAGAUUGAACCCCAGGAACCGACAGGCUGGGAACCUGAGGAGGCCUCACAAGAGGCGAUGAUAGAAGAUUCUGGUAGCGAGAGAAUGAGUGAGGAGGAAAUUGUGCAAGAGUCGGAAUUCCAGGGGCCUCAGGGUCUACUGCAAAGCGAUUUUGAAAUUGGAGGUAGUAUCAAGGAGGAUACAACACAGGUAAUAUAUAAGGACUUGGAGCAGCAUAGGGCAUUAAUAGAAAAGUCUAAAAGGGUCAUUUCCCAGAACGCUGAUCCAGGUAAAUACCAUAAAAGGGAAUGCAUCUCAGGAAGACAAUGGGAAACCCUUCAAGGCUUCAGACAGGGAAAGUUGAUGUCUCAGCCGAGAGAUUUAGGGAAAGCUGUAGUGCAUCCGAGGCCUUUCAUGGGGAAGAGACCCUACCGACUGCUCAAAUACGGAGAAAGCUUUGGAAGGAAUGCUCGUCUUACGUGCCGGAUGACCCACCAGAAGGAAAAUCCUUAUAAAUGCAGUGUCUGUGGGAAGUGCUUUGGUAGAAGCAGGAGCCUAAUCAGACAUCAAAGAAUCCACACCGGAGAAAAACCUUUUAAAUGUCUUGACUGUGGGAAAAGCUUUAAUGACUCCUCCAACUUUGGUGCCCACCAGAGAAUCCACACCGGGGAGAAACCCUACAGGUGUGGGGAAUGUGGAAAAUGCUUUAGUCAGAGCUCGAGUCUUAUCAUACAUCAGAGAACCCACACUGGAGAGAAGCCCUAUCAGUGUGGGGAGUGCGGGAAGAGCUUUACCAACAGCUCCCAUUUCAGCGCCCACCGCAGGGUGCACACUGGCGAGAACCCCUACAAAUGUGUGGACUGUGAAAAGAGUUUCAGUAACUGUACAAGAUUCCGAGAGCAUCGGAGGAUACAUACUGGAGAGAAGCCCUAUGGCUGUGCCCAGUGUGGCAAACGUUUCAGUAAGAGUUCUGUCCUCACCAAACAUCGGGAAGUUCAUUCGAGAGAAAAGCUUCUGCCACAUCCACCCUCCAUGUAUUCCCCGGAGAACCCACCUAAGGGAAAGACUGAUGAAUUCAGGAAAACUUUUUGACGUUGACCUCUUCUCCUCCUAUGUGCCCCAUUAGCCAUUUUUUCCCCACCGUCACCCUUGGAAGCGGUCUUUUCUUAGCUAUGAAGUGUUAAUUCCCAAGACAAGCUUGAGAAUAUAAAUCAGCUAAGAGACCACCUCGUCUUCUCACCUCCGCCUCUAACUUUACCAGUCUGUUCCUCUCAACUUCUCCCUUAGCAAAGUGGAGAAGACUGUCCUGUCUGGGUUCCUUCAGUAUGUCGAGGCCUCUGCUGUGGGACUGCCAAGUCCAGCAACAUUCAAGGUCCCUCCAUGUAGCUGAGAGUUGUUUUCAAGCAGACCUGACAUGCUGAAAGUUUCCUCUUGUCCACCACGUGGGAGCCCGGAUGCAACUUGAUCCCAGAUUUCUUGUUGGAGUAGAACUUUCAGGAGUCUGAUCAGGAUCAGGACAACACCACGUGCAUCUUGGUUUUGAAGAUACUUGGGAGAUUGAGAUUCUACAGCUUCCUUUAGAAGUCUGUUGCACUAUACGCUUUUGUGUCACAUCAAUCCCCACAACUAGGGUGAGUCCCCGUAUUGUCCCUGAAGCCACAUUACUAACGCCUCGCCCUCCAUAGAGAUGAGAAGAAAAUGACCGUGACCAAUCGGACCUUUUCUGGACCUGAAGACGACCCCCUUGUCUGCUGCUUCUCCAGCCCCUGAGUAAUCCAGUUCCUCUUAUCAUUUCUUGAAAGUCCUACACUUACCUCUUAGGUGUUCUGGGUGCUCUCGUCUGACUCUCCUGAGCUACCAGGCCCUCCCCAGAUUAAAUAGGAUGCAUGCCCGUGGUGUGUCUCAUUAAAAGAAAGUAGAAUCUUAGACAUGUUCUACCCUACCUCUGCUCUAGUUCUUACCUAGAACAUGACUGGCAUGUUGGCAUAUUUUAUGCCUCCCAACCCCACACUUCAGUAUAAUGUUAUAUAUUAAUAGUUUUCUCAAACUUUAAGGGGGUAGGGAAGAAGUGUGGUAGAAACCGGAAACCUUCACUAUUUCUAAGACCAGUCGGACUCCUUAGGCCUGCUCUAGAUCAGAUAGCUGCUCAUUCAGACCACCACCUCCAGGGCUGUUUGUUAAAUACAAUCAGCCUUUUCUGAGGCUUCUAGUCCCUGUUGAUAGGAUUACCCACCUAACUGUAGAGCCCAGAGUAAUUUAUAGAACUCUAUAGCUUACUGAGUGAAAGUGGAAAGAUUUACAGAAAUUACAGAAACUUCCAGUCUAGAACACUAUUGUCGUUUUCCUCAUUUACGUAUUUGUCCGAAAAACCUCUUUGAUAAUCCCCUAGCACUAACCCAACAGGUAUUGAAGGAAGAGUCAAAAUGGGGAGGGGAGAGGCAGGGAGGUAGUUAAUUCAUUCCUGGAAGUUACAGAUGAAACCACAGAAUCUGGUCUUCCAAGGCUGGUUGCUCCAGGAUGAGGCCAGUGACAUUUAUGCCCUUACUAUGUAAGUAAUCGGGGGCGGCUUUGCUUUGGGGAGGGGAAGUCCCAAGUUUGGUGGAAGGACAGCCAGAGUCAGGGCUGUGCAGAGAUUCUUUUGAUCUGAUCUCUCCUCUCCUUUGUCAGAUGUUAUCGUAUUUGAAGACAUCUGGAGAUCAUAUUUUUCCUUUGAGGAUGUUUGAAUCUUUCGAAGCCGGUUCAGCAGAGU